AUGGCGGAUUCUAAGGGUCGGAAGCAAGCAACUCUGGGGUACGUGAAGGAUUCCCAGCUAACUCUCGGGAGGUUCUUCGGUUCGAAUUCCGACGCCCCGCAAGAUGCGCCUAAGAAGCAGACCACGCUGGCGUUCUCAGGUAAAAAGAGCAAAGCUUCCAAGGAGACCUCCGAAAAAGAACCAGAAUCUGCUCCUGCCAAUGGAGCCUCAAUCAAGGACGAACCUAUGAAGGACACUGGCUCCUCUAGCGCCGAACCAGAAACAACUAAGACGGAAGAUAAGCAAGACACCAACGCAUCGAAACGCGAGAACAGCAGCGAGGACGACGACAGCGAUGUUCAGCCUGCACCGAAGCGCCGCCGGAGAACUUCACGCGAGAAUGAGACGCCAGCCUCGCCGAAGAGCUCCCCGAAGAAAAGGCCCCCACCACCCAAGAGUCCCAAGAAGCAGACCAAAUCCAAGCAGCCUUCCGAGUCAGUGAAUAUCGAGAAAGCUUCAGGGGAAAAGACACCCGAGAAAGAGGAAGAGGUAUCAGAGGAGGAGGAAGCGCAGUCGGUCAGCGAGGAUGAGGAAGAUGAGAAACCGGAGGUGAAAAAGAAGAAGAUCGAGAAGGUACAAGCUACACUCAAAGCCAGCGGAACGGAGCCAUAUCCCGACUGGAAAGCUGGCGAUCCAGUUCCAUAUGCCGCACUGUGUACGACCUUCUCGCUGAUCGAGAUGACGACCAAGCGAUUGGUCAUCCUCGCCCAUUGCUCUCUCUUCCUCCGUCAAGUCUUGCGCUUGACUCCGCAAGACCUUCUUCCUACUGUGCAGCUUAUGAUCAACAAACUGGCGGCAGACUAUGCUGGCAUCGAACUAGGAAUCGGGGAGUCGCUCAUCAUGAAGGCGAUCGGUGAGAGUACAGGACGAAGUUUGGCUGUGAUCAAAGCUGAUCAGCACGAAAUUGGUGAUCUCGGUUUGGUGGCCGCUAAGAGUCGCUCGAAUCAGCCCACCAUGUUCAAGCCGAAGCCCUUGACAGUCAGAGGCGUCCACGAAGGUCUCCUCACUAUUGCGAAGGUGCAAGGACAUGGUUCCCAGGAUAAGAAGAUCUCUGGCAUCAAGAAGCUCCUUUCUGCGGCUGACACCGCAGCUGCAGGCAAAGGCAGUAAGGGUAUUGAUAUUACCAAGGACAAGGGUGGCCCUAGCGAAGCCAAGUAUAUCAUUCGUUUCUUAGAAGGAAAGCUUAGACUGGGGCUGGCAGAAAAGACGGUCCUUGUCGCUCUCGCCCAGGCCGUGGUCACGCACGAGGCUGAGCUUAAGGGUGAGAAGGCUCCCUCUACUGAGAAGCUGGCUCAGGGUGAGGCUAUCUUGAAGACCGUGUACAGCGAGCUGCCAGCUUACGAGAUCAUUAUCCCGUUGAUGCUCGAGCAUGGUUUGUCUGACCUGCACAAACACUGCAAGCUGCAACCGGGCAUUCCUAUCAAGCCCAUGCUUGCCAAGCCGACCAAGUCCAUUACGGAGGUUCUUGAUCGAUUCGAAGGCAAGGACUUUACUUGUGAAUACAAGUACGAUGGAGAGAGAGCUCAGAUCCACUAUGUCGCGCCAGAUGCUGUCGACAAAUACCCCGGCGCCAAGGCUACGCUACAGAGUGAUAGCAAAGGUCUUAGCUCUAUCUUCUCUCGCAACUCGGAGGAUCUUUCCAAGAAAUAUCCAGAUGUGCUUGCGAAACUGAAUUCUUGGGUGAAGGACGGAGUUACAAGCUUUGUCCUCGAUUGUGAGACAGUUGCUUGGGAUACGGUCAACAAGAAGGUCUUGCCAUUCCAACAGCUCAUGACUCGUAAGAGGAAAGAUGUCAAGGCGGAAGACGUCAAGGUCAAAGUCUGCGUGUUUGCCUUUGAUCUACUGUUUCUGAACGGCGAGCCAACGGUCAAGAAGAGCUUACGAGAGCGUCGCGAACUUCUGCACGAUUCCUUCCAGACUAUUGAGGGCGAGUUCCAGUUUGCACAGUACGGAAACACAAACGUUGUGGAUGAGAUCCAGAAUCUUCUUGAUGAUAGUGUGAAGGCGUCGUGUGAAGGGUUAAUGGUGAAGAUGUUGGAUACGGAAGAGAGUGGUUAUGAACCCAGCAAGCGGAGUCGUAACUGGCUCAAGGUCAAGAAGGAUUAUCUCAGUGGUGUUGGUGACUCUCUGGAUCUUGUUGUCUUGGGUGCAUAUCACGGCAAAGGCAAGCGGACGUCUGUGUACGGUGCCUUUUUACUAGCUGCAUACAACACGAGCACGCAGACCUAUGAGACGGUCUGCAACAUUGGCACGGGUUUCUCGGAGGCUGAUUUGGAAGAGCUUCACAAACAACUUUCCCCUCUCGUCAUUGACCGGCCGAAGCCGUUCUAUUCUCACUCGACGGUCCCCAAAGAUCAGCCCGAUGUGUGGUUCGAGCCACGGUUUGUCUGGGAGGUCAAGACGGCUGACCUUACCCUCAGCCCACGUUAUAAGGCUGCCGCUGACGAGUUCGAGGGGACUACUGGUGGCGGUAAGGGUAUCUCUCUUCGAUUUCCGCGGUUCAUCAAAGGUCGGGACGACAAGAAGCCCGACGAGGCGACUACGACGCGGGCAGUGGCGGAAAUGUACCGCAAGCAAGAGGCGGUGCAGAAGGAGAAUGCUAAGAAGGGAGUGGAUGAUGAUUUCGAGUAUUAA